AUGGGGGGCGAGGGCCGAAAUGCAGCGGACAUGGAGGUCAUGUUCGACAUGUCCAAGAAGGAGCAGGGCAACCCCUCCAACAACUACAAGAAGCUGCACCGAAGGGUCAAGCAAGACUUCAAGGUGUCCACCAACAAGGACAUCAUCAACUUAGAGAGGCUGAGAGCCGCGAACCUGGUGAUCUUUGCAGGGCCCAGGGAGAUGUUCUCGAGCGACGAGUUCACGGCCAUCAAGGACUACCUCAGUGAGGGAGGCAGCAUCCUUUUCCUUGUGGGAGAGGGUGGCGAAGGAAAGAGUAACACCAAUGUGAACUACCUCCUGGAGGAGUUUGGUAUGAGCGUCAACAACGAUGCGGUGGCCGGCGCACUGAGUUUCUGCUGA